AAAUUUCUGCCGUUGAAAAAGGGGGAGUGGCAAUGGUAGAAAUGGGCCGGUGAGGGGCGGGACCAGAAGAGAGCGCCCUUUUUUUUUUCUUUUCAAAUAAAGCCGAAGAGAAAAAAAAAAAAACCGGCAGCGCCUGAGAAGUAAGGGGCGGGAGAAUGACCGCAGACUCAUACAGAGAGAAGACUGACUGACUGACUCUGGAUUGGGAGACAAGAAGGGCAAAGCUGGAGACAGUGUGGUCAACGUGACAGUUUAAGUGAGAGGUUAGGGGAGCUUUGUGACGCUUCACAUUCGAUUUCCGGCAGCCUCUCCCAGCCGCUAGAAUGGGAGUCCGAAUGGGAUUGUGGGAGCUCAGCUACAGGUAGAACAGAAAACAAGAGGGCAGGUGGGAAGAAGUGAGUGAUGGCGAGGAGAGAUUGUCAGCGGCGUGUGCCAGGGACUGCACAGUCAGUCAAUAGGAGAGGACAGUGAGGCAGUGAGUAGGGGCAGAGCAGUAAGUGCAGGGCCGGUAUAGGUUCAUCAUGGGCAGUGACGGGGUAAAUCUGGGCAUAUGGCUGAUACAGGGAGCGAGCGAGGGUAGACAAAUGAGCCUCUGGGCUAUCGCAUAAAUACGGCAAUUAUAAAGGCUCAUGACAGGGAACAGCAUUUUUGGGGGGUGGGCGAGUGACAGCUGAAACCCCUGAGUCCACUGCAUUGGAGGGCGUGAUGGCAUUUAUAGUCAUUCUAGAGAUAUGUGUGAUUGGGGGGCAUGGCAAGUGUAAUGUGGGGGUAGAGCACGAACUGCACCGAAGAAAGGAGGCAAAGGACACAGGGCUUUAGGGUGAAGGGCGGGCGUAGAAGAUUGCAUUGUAAAGAGAGGAGGCGCAGGACGAGGGCAGAGUAGGGAUAGAAUGGAAAGCUGGAGGAGGCACAGGGAAUAGAGUAGACAAUGACUGGUUGGGAGGGGGCAUGGAUUAUGGAGAUUACAGGAGAAGGCACAUGAUACAAAUCUAAAAUGAGAAAGAAGAAAGGCGAUACUGAGAGCGACAGAAGAGGGACAUGUUAAAGGAAGAAAGUAACAAAAAGGCAGCAGGCAAACCUUAUUUGGCACAUGAGAUCGAGGAGCAUCUAGUCCGUGAGACCUGGCCACUGAUUUGCACAAUAUUUCUCAGUUUAGCUGUUAGUCAGUCAUAUUCUCAUCCUGUGGGGUUGGAGCGCUGCCCAGUCAUCUGGAAUCACAUUCACUGCUCUGAGACUGAAGCUUCUCCCGCACUGUCAGGCGCAUCUGGAGAUAAUUGCCUGUGACUGAGCCGAUCUUUCACCUUGGAGUUGCACUUUGUACUUUCUCGAUGGCUGGACUGGGUGUAUUUCAACAAAGGAUCCCAAGCUUGUCUCUGGCACUACGUUAGGUCGCUAUGCGCUGCAUUCCCGAGCACUUGUGCCCUAGUGAGCAGUCACUUAUCCGCUGCAUUUCUUCUGCAAGUUCUUGGUAUGCUACUUGCCAUGAUCCUCACUUGGAUUCUUCCCUAUAUUCACUGAAAUGGGGCUGGAACUCUUCAGGUUGUUUUCCCAACUCCAGCGGACAUUGGGCGGCUGUGCGACAAGGGACAAGGAGUAAAGAGAAGUGAAAGCCGGGCUAAAGUGCGCUGAAAAAAGAGCAGCAACGGGGGGGGGGCUGAUAGGUAGGUCCACGCCUGUAGCCUCCAGCUGGGAGAUAAGAGGCUGAAAGGAGAUGGGGAGCUGGGGAAUUGUACGACUGGAGCUGAUUGACAGUGGGUGCAGGGAUUGGGGUAAGUAGAGGGCAGGAUGCUUGGGAUGCAGUGGAGGAGCGAGUUUGGCUGUUUUUUGGCAAGAGUAGAUGUGGGAGAAUGAAGACAUGAGACAGAAGGAGAGAAUAGGGAACUAGGAGAUGCUACACUACACAAGUCUGUAAGGAAGAGAGGAGGACAUUUUUAGUAAUGUGGAAAGGGUGUCGGUGAGAGAAUUGUAGUGGCUUGCAGGGAGAGAGUAGUGGGGUCGGUAGACAGAGGGGUCAGGUGAUGGGUAGUUGGGAAAGACUGGACGGAAAAUAAUACUGAGGUCAGGAGAGAGAAUAGGCAAGCAUUAAUAGGAAUAUAGGAAGAUAGAGUUGGGAAGCGGUUGGUAAUGGUUGAAGGGAGAGAGUAGAGGUAAGUCGUUAGUAGUGGCUAGGGAGAGAGUAGUGAUGCAGGAAGAUAGAGGAGGGAAGCGACGAGUAGUGGGGAAAGGCUGGGAGAGAGGAGGGAGGCAAGGGAAUGAGGCUGGCCUUGGAGAGAGAGAGCAGAGAGACUGCGGCAGAGGUGGAAGUUGCAGGAGUAUCUGCUCAUCACGUGUGCUUGGGGCGGAGACCUGGCACUGACUUUUUUACUAGUAUUUACUACGAGCUAUCACCCUAUUAGCUCAGAUCCCCGGCUGUCAGCCUGUCCAUGCCUUGCCCCAGUCACCCACUGCCCAGCCCCGUAUCCCUAUCCUGGACCCCAGUUGAGAAUGGAAGAUCCAAUGGCGGACCUAAUAAGUACGGCUGCUGCCCGGGGGGAAUUGGAGAGAUUAGAAGACCUGCUGAAGGGGGCGCGAAAUGUGGAUGCACCCAACAGAUUUGGGAGGACCGCCUUGCAGGUGAUGAGGCUCGGGAAUCCGGCUAUAGCCAGGCUGCUUCUGAGCCAAGGUGCUGACCCCAACCUGCGAGACAGGACUGGCUAUUCUGUUCUGCACGAUGCUGCCAGGGCUGGCUUCCAGGACACACUGGAGACCCUCUUUGAUUUCCAGGCAGAUGCCAAUAUACAAGAUAACGAAGGCAACCUGCCCUUGCACCUGGCUGCCAAAGAAGGUCACCUCCAGGUUGUGAAAUUCCUCGUCCUUCACACAGACAGCCAACUGGGCCACCAGAACCGGUACGGGGACACCCCAUGUGACCUGGCCAAGGUGUAUAAACGACAAGAUGUGAUUCAGUGGCUACACUGCUAUGCCAAUGGGCAGGAGAAAGGUGGCAAGUGACUGCUUUUUAAUCCGUGCCCUGGUAGAGACAAUUCGGCAGAUCAACAAUUCAGCAUCAUCUUAAAUCCCAGCAGGCACAAGGAGGGUUAAACUUACACUAACUUAGUAACUAAGCCGCCCACCUGCCUGAUAGCAAGAUUUCCUGGCGAACUGUUCUAGCUAAGCAUAUGCUACAUGUUUCUGUCGUAACUAAAUAACUGUGAUUAAUGGACUGGUUACAAGCACUAGGGAUGGGAAGGGAUCUGGGCAGAAAAAUCUUUUUUUUUUUUUUUUGUUUUUUUUUGCCAUGUAAAUAAUUCCUCACCCCCUUCUGCUAAAUGUAUCUAACCCCUACUAAAUAAGUAUUCUAUGUGCAUGUCUCUCCCUUGUACGUCUUUCCCACAGGAGCCUCGAAUUCUGCAUGGGUAUAUAACCUGUGGCACUUAACCCUUGGCUAAGACACCCACCCUGUAGGCUCUAGCCAUCCUAUUCCUAUGUGUUUUAUCACCAUCUGUAAAGUUUAUUCUGCUUUUUAUUGCUGAUAAAGAAAUAUUCUCAAAUGCCUUUUUUUAAAAAAAACUUUACCAAAAACCCAACGGUUCUGAGACCAUGAGAUUGUAAAUCUUCAAGGUACAAAUAAAAACAUAAUUUCUGCUCA